AUUACGCAUGCGUGAUCACGUGCAUGAGUAGUGUAUUGUUAUUUUGAAUUGUGCUGGUCACAUGCACACAUAGACUCGACCAUUCACUAUUGUUUAAAAAUAAAAAUAUUUAUUGUUAGAUCUAAUGAAUGAAUUCUCAAGUGCAACCUUAUUGGAAAUUGUAUAAGAUUGUUUGAAAUUACCCUGUUAACAGAGCCUUUCUUUCUAAUGAGGGUUAAUCGUCAAUGAUUACCGUCACGAAUAUAGGGGUCGCAUCCUUGUGUCAUUAAUAUGGGUUAAAGGACCGAUAAAUACGGUCAUGAAAUAAAAAAGAUUGCAACAUCAAGUACGCAACGUUAGUCAAUGGCAAUCCAUGGUAGUGAGUGACAAGUCAUGGCAAUCCAUGGUAGUGAGUGACAAGUCAUGGCAAUCCAUGGUAGUGAGUGACAAGUCAUGGCAGUCCAUGGUAGUGAGUGACAAGUCAUGGCAAUCCAUGGUAGUGAGUGACAAGUCAUGGCAAUCCAUGGUAGUGAGUGACAAGUCAUGGCAAUCCACAGUAGUGAGUGACAAGUCAUGGCAGUCCAUGGUAGUGAGUGACAAGUCAUGGCAAUCCAUGGUAGUGAGUGACAAGUCAUGGCAGUCCAUGAUAGUGAGUGACAAGUCAUGGCAAUCCAUGGUAGUGAGUGACAAGUCAUGGCAAUCCAUGGUAGUGAGUGACAAGUCAUGGCAAUCCAUGGUAGUGAGUGACAAGUCAUGGCAGUCCAUGGUAGUGAGUGACAAGUCAUGGCAGUCCAUGGUAGUGAGUGACAAGUCAUGGCAGUCCAUGGUAGUGAGUGACAAGUCAUGGCAGUCCAUGGUAGUGAGUGACAAGACAUGGCAGUCCAUGGUAGUGAGUGACAAGACAUGGCAGUCCAUGGUAGUGAGUGACAAGUCAUGGCAAUCCAUGGUAGUGAGUGACAAGACAUGGCAAUCCAUGGUAGUGAGUGACAAGUCAUGGCAAUCCAUGGUAGUGAGUGACAAGUCAUGGCAGUCCAUGAUAGUGAGUGACAAGUCAUGGCAAUCCAUGGUAGUGAGUGACAAGUCAUGACAGUCCAUGGUAGUGAGUGACAAGUCAUGGCAAUCCAUGGUAGUGAGUGACAAGUCAUGGCAGUCCAUGAUAGUGAGUGACAAGUCAUGGCAAUCCAUGGUAGUGAGUGACAAGUCAUGGCAAUCCAUGGUAGUGAGUGACAAGUCAUGGCAAUCCAUGGUAGUGAGUGACAAGUCAUGGCAAUCCAUGGUAGUGAGUAACAAGUCAUGGCAGUCCAUGGUAGUGAGUGACAAGUCAUGGCAGUCCAUGGUAGUGAGUGACAAGACAUGGCAGUCCAUGGUAGUGAGUGACAAGUCAUGGCAGUCCAUGGUAGUGAGUGACAAGACAUGGCAGUCCAUGGUAGUGAGUGACAAGACAUGGCAGUCCAUGGUAGUGAGUGACAAGUCAUGGCAAUCCAUGGUAGUGAGUGACAAGUCAUGGCAGUUAAUAAGAGUAUCGAAUAAUAAUAAUAGACUCUCUACCCUAAUGGGGCUGUUUAGCAGUUAACUUGCCGAGUAGCCAAACCUGCAUGUUCUAGUGCUACCAACACACAAAGGGUGAUUGAAAUCACUGAGUGCAAUUUCUUCCGCGUUUUGGCAAUGCUCCCUUUAUCAGCAUUCUGAUGAAUGAAGGUUCUAUUGCCGCCACGUCGUAGAAUUAACGCUCAGCAACUUCACACAGUUUUCUACAUUUCUUAGCUUCUCAACAACCAAUGCCUAUCAUUGACACUACUACUGUAUAAUGUACUCUGCUGACGCAGAGUUUUCCUGUG